AGAAGAUAGCAUCAAAAUGAGUGGUCGCGGAAAAACCGGAGGCAAAGCCAGAGCAAAGGCUAAGACUCGCUCAUCCCGUGCCGGGCUCCAGUUCCCCGUGGGUCGUGUCCACAGACUGCUGCGCAAAGGAAACUAUGCGGAGCGUGUGGGAGCCGGCGCCCCCGUUUACCUGGCAGCUGUGCUCGAGUACCUGACCGCUGAGAUCCUGGAGCUGGCUGGCAACGCAGCCCGCGACAACAAGAAGACUCGCAUCAUCCCACGUCACCUGCAGCUGGCUGUCCGCAACGACGAGGAGCUCAACAAGCUCCUGGGGGGAGUCACCAUCGCUCAGGGUGGUGUGCUGCCCAACAUCCAGGCUGUGCUGCUGCCCAAGAAGACCGAGAAGCCCGUCAAGGCCAAGUAAACGCAAAGCGCUCAGCUUCACCAACAACAAAGGCUCUUUUAAGAGCCACACACUUCUCUCUGAGUAAACAUCCUUCUAAUAUGCUGGGGCAGAUUGUUCCAUCCGCAUGUGGUAUGACAUAACAUGUAAUUCAUAUACAAUUUCUUUAAGUAUUUUUUUGAUGUCAUGGAGACUAAACUUGUCAUAUACAGCAGUCUAAUAGUUGAGUGGAUAUUUUGUGCAUAAAAGUGCAGUAUCCUUGCGGUAGUAUAAAAUGUUCUUUAAAUAAA